UACAGAAAAAAAUGCUAGAGCUAUGAUGCAGAUUAGGCAUAUAGGUUAUUUCAUUUGAAUAAUAUAAUAUAUUUCGAUAGAAAUGUUUUACUGUUGGUGUCACUUUUACGUCAACCCGAGCAUUUAAUAUUAGAGUUUGUAACCAAUAUAAUAUAUAUAAAAUUUGACAAUAGAGUUUUAAAAGUAUGUUAAAGUUGUUAAAGUUUAUUUAGUUGUUAGUUAAAGUUGUGAUAUAUUGCACGUACGUUUUCGCUUAACUUAGAUAUGACUAUUAAAAUUGUGAAUUUGUGUGUUAUCAAUUGUUUAAAAGUGAGUUGAAUUUGUGAAUUGCUGUUGACGUCUAACGUGAAGUUGAAUAAUUUAAGAAAAUGAACACCAAUAGAAAAAAAGGCAACAGUAGCUUUCGAAAACUGUUUCCUCUUCUUUUUUCAAAUAAAUCCAAAGACAAAAAUUCCAAUAAAGAUUCUACGAGUCUGAAGACACAAAGUGACCAUUCUUCUAAUAGUAAUAAAUAUCAAAAUCCUCGAGCAGUUAUUAGUAAUACAGAGAAGUAUGUCGAUAAUCAAGAUAAUAACGAUUGUAUAUACGAGGAUCUAGCAGUGACACAACAGCAACAUAUACGCGAUAACGACUCGCAGCGCAUUGACGUGCUAAGCAAUCAUUCAUCGAGCAGUACUUUAGUUUCAGAUAGCGUAAAAAACAAACCUAUUUACUUAAAUACAGAUUCAGAAUUAUUGAAUGUUAAAAAAAAAGAAUAUGCAAGUUAUACGGCUAGACCACAAGUGCCUCGAAAACCACACAACGAAGCUGCUAGCACUACGAUAAAAGAAGGUACGUCAGGGACUUCCCAAUAUCCUGAUGUUUAUUACCAUUCAUUGGAGAAAUUAACUGAUAAAAUAUCGCCAAUAGACGAGAUUGAGAUAUGCAGGGCAUCUAGACUACAAACAGAUCCCACACCAGUUGGUGCGGAAAUCAAAAGAGUAAGCACAAAGUUCCUCAUAUCUCCAAAAAAAGAAGCCGAAGUACGGACUAUUCAACCCACGAGAGCUAGAAGUUUAUCCUUCGAUAAACAUCAGAAGGUGCAUGAUGACAAAAUUGAUAAUACAUCUUCAAUGAAAAUGAAUGUUCAAAAAGCUUAUAAUUAUUCCGCACCUACUUCUCCGAUGCCAAUAAAUCACAAAAUUCCAAAUAUGCCUAAAACUGUAUCUCCUUACGAACAAGUAAGAAAAACUAUGAUCGAAGCCGAAGAAAAAAGAAACUCGUUAAAUAGAUGUAGCAUACAUAAUAAAUCGACGCCUUCACCUAAACCGCAGGAUUAUAAUGAAAUAUUGAAAACAUCACCUUUAUCACAUGUGGAUAUUGCAAAAAACGAUGACAUUGUUGAAAAGGAAAAAGCACGUCAAAAAGUCGAAGCGUUUUAUUGGCAGAAACUAAAAGAACAAAAACAAAAGGAAGACGAAUAUUUAAUGAGACAAUCACUUCAAAUGUCGUCUAUGAGAAGUUCCGCGAGAUAUAAUGUACCUUAUUCGAAUUGUAGCACACCGAAUUCUUUAAUUUUAGAAUCUAAAAGUUGCAGUCUGCCUCGCGGACAAGAGUUCAGUAGUUAUAGUUUAAAUCAGCCAAUUUAUUCGCGAUCCCCAUUCGCGCGAGGCGCGCCCGAGAGGCGUACAGAUACUUUUAUACGGCAUCGAACUUCUCCUAUCGACCAAGAUAUCGUCUAUCGACACCCGGAGAAACUAAAUUUGCGAACUAACUCGCCAGUCAUCGUAUCGCAAGAUAAAAGACAAGCGCCUAUUUUCCAUAGAGGUUCUUUGGCUCGAGAUUCUCAGAAUAAUAACAUGAAUCAACAAAUCAACAACAAAAGGGUCAGUUUUGAAGAGCAGCAUUUAUCAAAAAGUGGUGUUGAUGCCAGUGACACUGUGAAAAGUGGUGGUGUAGACUCUAAAAUUAUAAAUGACAGUUACAAGUUAAUAAAUCCGCGGAAUGAGUCCUCCCCGACGGUGUCUUUGAAACUCAGUGAUAGAGCAAAAGGACCUUGUAAGGGUCCACCGCGGCCCCCAAUCCGUACAUCGAGUGUUGAUAAAAGUAACAAAUUAACGAAUAAUAAGAAAAAGUUACUAUUUCCCGGUCAUAAUGUGUACUCGGAAUCUGAAAGUGGAUCAGAGGCUGGCGAGAUUCAAAGGAUUCUUGAAAACAACUUGCAUAAAGAAGAAGACUGGCAUGGAGACGGUUCUAGAAUCGAUGGGGGAUUGUCUGACGGUGAGGCGAGCCGUGGGCCAACUCGUGGGCGCACGUCGCGUCGCGACGAUCCGCGUCGCCACACCUUGGCUGGGAACCAUCUGUACGUCCACCCACACCAUCCCGGACAGAUUAACUCCAUUGAGAUGGAGCAAUACGGACCUGUCCAGAGAGCAAUGAAUGUGCCAGAAUACGCGGUCGUUACAAAGUACAGAGAAUCGAAGCCAACCCGGAUCCUAGAUCCCCGAUCGAGAAAGCCACCCUUACCACGGGGAUACCCACCACCGACAAAUGCCAUGCUGUUCGACGAUGACCCUGGCAUCAUGUCGGAGGUGGAGACAGCAUCUACUGGCUUCCGUCGCGGGGGGAAACAGAGAUCGUCGCUACCAGUUGUGCGAACACCGAGUAAGACACUCGAGAGACCUUUGGGUCUGGUAUUUCUGCAGUACAGGAAUGAAACGAAACGAGCAUUGUUGCCGAACGAAAUAACAUCAAUUGAUACUGUGAAGGCAUUGUUCGUGCGAAGCUUCCCCAAGCAGCUCACAAUGCAAUACAUGGACAGCCCUAUGGUCAAAAUAUAUAUCCAUGACUCAUCGAAGGACAUGUUUUAUGAACUAGAAGAUGAUAGGGCCCAUCUUCGUGACAUACGAGACCGAUCCGUGUUACGCCUGUUCGAGGCAACGGACAUAGGCGGCGGCGCGUUCCCUGGCGCGGUAGGCGUCGGCUCGCUCGCCAUGCCGCCCGCAGCAUGCUCUGGUCCCUCCAGUUGGGACCAGGUUAGUAACUACAACGAUCAAAGCUACUUCAGCGAGCCUGAGAUCGAUUCGGAAUAUCACCACCAACACGUUCACAAAUCAAAGGUCAAAGCCCCGGCUUAUUACAUGGGCACCCAAGCACCAAGUACUCUCCCGCGCGGAGGAUCAAUCCUAAGGGCAUUCUCACCAGCAGCCGCUCCCGUGCCAGCUGACCGAGUCAAAAGCAUACCAGGUUCCUCCGCGCCGGUCAAGCCUUUGCGUACAAACAUGCCGGAGAGACGACCGGAAAGAUGUUUCCCCUACGCCGAUUGUCCCCGGGGUCCUGACCGACUGUACACCGUCCUUGGACACUCGGGUGAGGGCUACAUGUCAUCACCCGAGCGUGUGGGAGCACGGGUUCCGUACGAGGAACCUUACUACACCCAGUUCCUGGGACCGGCCGCUUCUCGUCCUAUCGCUUCUGCGAUAGAUGAAGAAGCCAGCGAUGGAAUAAUUGUGGAGGACGCGUACCAAAUGUAUGGGGUGAACCCCAUUACAACUGCGCCCCGUCCCAUGCCUCGACCGCCUUACGACGCCAGACUUCCACAAGACGAUAUGCAGCGACUUCGUGUCGAAAAGAUGGAGCGACAACUGGCCAACCUGACAGGAUUGGUUCAGAAGGCGCUGCAGGUACCAGCCACGGCUCCGCCUCCAGUCACGCCUCGCCAAGACUUCCAGGGGUAUCAAGUCACUCGUCCAGCUUCCCAGGAUGCCGCGAGAUUUGCCAGCAACGAGAGACCUCCCAAAUUAGGGAGAGAUAAAUUUCAAAAAUCCGUGUCGUUUGAGAAAUCGGUGUCGUUUUGUGAUGAUCCGCCCGAUUUGAAUUCUCCCAAACAACACUCGCCUCAACAUUCAGCCGAUACCAAACCAACAAAACCGGCAAUCAAAUCAUCAACUUUGCCGCGGACCUCCUCACAAGAGCGAGACCGUCUAAAGCCUGCACCACCACCGAAACCAGCUGGUUUAGUUGGCCAACAACUUGCUUUGGUGCCACAGAGAUCUUACACGAUCAACGUCUCACCCGAUUUCUUUAAUCAACUCCGUAUCCUGCAAAAGCAGAGUCGCGAUCUAAGAAUCGAGACUCGCAAUUUGCGUCGAUCGACUCUGGCUCACGCCAUGCAAAUGAGGCAACUCAUGGCUGAAACUAUUGUGAAGAUAGGCGCCUUAGCGGCUAGUUUUUGCGAGCAUGACCCCGAAUCGCAACUAACUCGAGAAGAAGAAAUUUACAGGCAAGAUAUGCUACUGCUCGAGAAUGAUCUAUAUGAACUCGAGGCAACUGUUGAACGUCUUCGCGGCCAAGCUGCCAAUAAAGAAACACGGGUUAACAUGGCGGACAUAGAACGAAUCGCGAUGGUACUCUCAAAGAGUAGUAAGACAGUUGCUGAUUGGAAAUUGAAGUUCCCGAUUCUUCAGGACACGAUGAAAGUCAAAUUAGCUUCCGAGAUGGAAAAAGUUGUCAGAAAAGAGAAAAUGUUAGAAGAGGAACCUGAACGCUUGGAAUUAGCGUUAAGACGAUGCAAGAAAUUGACCGGGACGCUUGUGACUUUGAAAAGGUUAGCCUGCGUUCAAGAGCAAAGACUUCCGAUCACAGAUGGUCGCAUAUCUCCAGGCUCUUCACAAAGCUCAACUUUUACGGGUGGACCAUCAUCUGAAGAGUUUAAUUCUGAUAGCACGUGCCAUGUUGCGCAAACUCACAAUAAGGGCACCGGCGGGUGCGGGCGAGCUGCACCCCGGGGAGCAGCGGACGUGCGGCCAGAGAACGCCCUUGACGCGCUACUAGACGAGCUGCAAACAUUCGCCAAGCCGUCCGAGCGCGGGGGACGCGGGGAGGGCCCGCUGCGUCGCCUGCACUCGUACCCGAGCGGCAGCGACACCGACGCCUCGCCGCCGGUGCGCGCGCGCGGCCAACACCCUCCCAAGCCUCCCGUGCCCGAGCGACACCCCGAGCUACUCGCGAUGGCCGCGCGCCGCGCACCGCCUCCCCCUCCGCCACGGACGACUUCGCGCUCGCCUCUCGCCUCCCCCACCUCACCCUCCUCCCCGCCACGGAUAGAACCCGAUCCCCCGCACGCCCCAGACCCCAACGAUGACAAGGCCUCGUCACGGCAAGCGCUCCUCGAGCAAAGACACCAGGAGCUCCUGAAGAAACAGAGGGCGCUGCAGGAGCAGUACGCUCGUCUACAGAUGAUUCAACGCAGCGGACCUACCCUCCCGCCGACCGCGCAGCCUGAUUUAAAGAAGACGGGAAGCGAAUCGAACCUUUUGACUAAGAUGAACUUGAAUCUUGCCACCGCCGCUAUAUCUGGGAGUAUGACUCACUUAGCAGGCGAGGGUGAUAGGGCAAAGAGUGUGGAUGCUUCAACGGCACCGGAGAAGCCUUCGCAAGGUGUCAACAUGACGGCAGAGAGCGUAGCAACUACGAACAAAGUUUACGAGACUGAUAUACUGUGACCUUGUAGUCGUUGCUUCAUUGUAUCUGUGUAAAGUCGAGUACUAGUUCAUAUAAUGAGUACUAAUGGAACCGUGGCAGUAUUGUCCUCGGUAUAAUUUCGUGUGAUGUACUGCGGACGUGUUAUAAGCGCUCAUACGAGUCCCGUUGACAGAGCCUAGCUAACAAUAACUCCAUAUUAGUCAUCGUGACGUCCAGAUGACUAAUUUGUGCUUAUAUUAUGUCCCAUGCUCGCUCCUUAGAUUCAUUCAAUCCCAUCAAAUAAAUAAAGUUCUGCUUAUUGUUAUUAUAAUUUGUAUAGUAUCCGUUGUGUUGCUGAGCAAAUAAUUUUUUUUCGGUUUAACGACGCCGCUUGUCCACUCCAAACCAUAUCACGUUCUCUGCAUAAUAUCAUUCAAAUAACCACAAACACGAUUCGGAAACGCAUAAGACGGACACCGAUCUAUCAACAAAUGCGACUGUAAGGCAAGAACACCGGAAGCACUGAGACACAAUAUUACAAUAUUAUAAAUAAUAUGAAGCAACACGAAAAUACAAAAAAAUAACUGUAGUUGAUUGUUAAUAAAUGUAAUCCGUCAUGUCAUGUAGACGAUCGUUUACUUACUUGCGUUUGACUAAGUUACAAUGAAUCCAUAACUGUCAGUAUCGAUAUUGACAUAAUAAUAGUUACAAUACAUUGUAAGUCUACACUUAGGUGAUGCUCUUAUGUAAUAUGUAUAAGCUCUAUAUACCCACAUUUUGUACAUACGUCACUAAGUAUACCUACCUAACUUUACCUACACUUUCUACUACGAUUCGAAAGUAACAUGCGUUAUCCUAAGACUUAUCUUACAAUAAUUAUUAAGUGCCAAAAAUACUCGUCUCUCACCAUACAGUCAGUAUAUAAAUCGUUUUGUAACUAAGCAACGACUUUUUAAUGAAUCCAUGUCAAGAGGCAUUAGAAUUAUAAAAUUCAAAAGAAAUUUAAUUUCAGACACGCUAUAAAGCUCCGCACAACGAAAACAAAGUUGUAUUCAGUGAAGUUACUAUCGAAAAAUUUCUUACUUCUACUAUUAAACUAUUUAAUAUUUUUGACGGCUGGUUUAAGAAAUUGAAAAUAUAGAAUAAAUCGACUGUGAUAAGAGAGAGUUACCUAUGUGAAAUGAGUAAGAAUUGAAUUCUCCAAUUUUGCACCGCGAUUUACGUCUCUGUACGCAUCUAAUGGAAUCUAAAUUUAACGUUUAAAGUCGAAAUAGUCAUCAUAUAAAAUAUUCAGUGCACGACACACUAUUACAGUGCACUCGUUUAGUCAAAUUGAUACUUAUUUAGAUAAAAACACUUAUAUAACUUCACCAGUUCGGUAAAUACAGACUUAGGUAAUGUGUCUACCUGGUAAUACUUACGUACAUAUUCGGCGGACCAUCAUAGAUGGAUCUCCAGGAAGGUCAACCUACUACAUAUUAUACUCGCACUUUAAAACCGUCAAUAAUAUUAGUAUAGUUAAAUUAAACAUAAUUCUUUAUAACGUUAUAGUAUAAAUGUGGUCAAAUUGAUUGAAAUAAUGAAAUAAUGAGUGAUAUUGUUGUAUAAAAUAAUUGUGUUAAAAUAUCCUUAUUUUUAGACUCGAAAUAUAUCUGCAUUAGAAAAUGUAUAGAGUCUAGAUAUUUAGCAAUAGUAUAUCUUAUAUGUUAUACCAACUAAAUGUUUGCGCUUUUUGAAUGUUUGUUGCAAAUACCUAACACAAAAAUUUCUUAUUAUAAAUGCACGAAAAAUUUUCAAGCACUUAGAUAAUUAAUUUUCGCGAGACGCGUUUUAAUAGAACAAAUUUUAAAAUCCAAACAGGAUAAUUUUUUGCCAACUAAAUGAAACAAACUUUCGAGAAGACCUCUAUAGGUAUACAAUAGUGUCCGCUUUUGUAUCGUAGAUUGCCGGAUAUGAGUACAUAUUUUUUAUUGAAAGUGACAUAGAUAAAUAGUAGAAAUUAUAUUUUCACACGGAAUAAAUUGAUGGUGUACUUAUUACAUAUUUAUCCCUAACUGUCGCGCAUAACUGAUCACUGUUAGAUCAGAUGAUUGAUCAUUAACUGAUCACACGCCAGCAGACCGCUAACUGUGAGGAAUUGAAAUGUUUUCUCAUUUCAUAUUCCUUUACGAUAAUUUUAUUAAAAUCACUGUUAUGUAACAUUUUGUAUUUAUGAAUAAUUUAUUUAUUCAAUAUUUAAAUAAUUAAGUGCAUUUUAUUACUUUAUUAUGCUGCAAUAUAUCGAGACGUGCCAAACAUUGCAUAACUUGAUUUGUAUUGUAAGUAUAGAUGCAAAAGUAAAACGAAUCAAUUAUAUUUUACAUUCUUUUUUUAUACGCCAUUUUUAAUAAUUUUAAUAUUAUUACUAUAAUUAUUAUCAUAAUUAAUUAAAUAUCUAGUUUAUAAAUUGUUAAUAAAUUAAUUGUAUAAGGACACGCAAUGAUUUCAUAGCUUGAAGCUUUUUACCUUUUUAUAUUACUAUUUUGUUUAUUAAUUUUAAUAUACCUACGUUAUUAUGUACUAUUUCUUGUUUAGUUACGAUUAUUCAUGUUAAUUGUAUAGUUUUAACAGGAAUAGCUUGAAAAUGUUUUAAUGUGGAAUUAAAUA